AGAAGACUUAAAAAAAGAAAAAGUGGGCGUGUCCUCGCGCGUGUCACCGGCUCGCGGUAAACACGCUCGAACGCGGAUCAGAGUCUCGCGAGACUCAGAGGUGCUCAGAAGUUCUGCUCUAAGGUGAUAGUGAUAUCUGUCGAUCACCAGGAUGGAGGAGACUGACGUGAAGGACAUGAGCGUGUGGGGCGCGAGAGUCAAACGCAACCGCACGGAGGUGAAGAUGAGCCAGAUUAUACUUCCCUGCCAUGCCAACCAUCGUGAGGAGCUGAGCAUAGGGCAGCUGCUCAAGUGGAUGGACUCCACCGCAUGCCUCUCAGCGGAAAGACACGCCGGAUGUCCCUGUGUCACAGCCUCCAUGGAUGACAUUCACUUUGAGCACACCAUCAGUGUUGGACAAGUAGUUAACAUCCAGGCUAAAGUCAACAGGGCUUUCACCUCAAGCAUGGAGGUGGGGAUAGUGGUGAACUGUGAGGACCUGUACAGGAAUUGCCACUGGAAAGUCUGUGAAGCUUUUGCCACCUUCGUAACUCGGCCUACAGUUAACGUCAAGGGCCAUCUGAAGCCGCUGAUCCCUAACACAGAACUGGAGAAGGUGGAGUACAGCAUCGCGGCCGAGAGAAGGAGGAUGAGGCUUCUGCAUGUUGACAUCAUGAAAGAUCUGCUGAGCAAAAACAUUCACCGGACAAGCAUUAGCGAAGGAAUGUUUGGUGCAGAAAGCCAAGACACGGAGGAAAAAGUUCCGACUGAGCAAACCCGAGUAGAGAGCGUAGAGCUGGUUCUGCCCACACAUGCCAACCACCAGGUGAGCACGUUCGGAGGCCAGAUCAUGGCGUGGAUGGAAAACAUAGCCACCAUUGCUGCCAGCCGGUUAUGCCACGCCCACCCGACCCUGAGGACUAUAGACAUGUUCCACUUUAGAGGACCAUCUCAAGUCGGAGACCGCGUGAUCCUCAAAGCAAUCGUCAACAACACUUUUGAGAACAGUAUGGAGGUGGGCGUGUGCGCAGAGGCGUAUCAGGGGGAGGAGUCUCUGAGACACAUUAACAGUGCGUUUAUGACUUAUGAGGUCCUGGAUGAUGAGGGCAAGCCACGCCCACUACCCCCAAUACAACCUGAACCGCUGGAUGGAAAGAGGAGAUACCAGGAGGCGACUGCCAGGAAGAAGAUUCGACUCGACAGAAAGUACAUCAUCUCCUGUAAGCAUACUGAAGUGCCCUUGUCCGUCCCCUGGGACCCCAGCAACCAGGUGUAUCUGAGCUACAACAAUGUGUUUGCUCUGAAGAUGUUAGCGGCUAGGAAAGGCUGGGUUCUCACCUCUAAGAAGAAGAACGUGUUCCUGUUCACUCAGGAGGUGAAUCAGAGCCUUUGUGUGAAGGUUGAAUCGGAGAUGAACGUUUCGGCAGAGAGAGCUUACGCCCUGCUCUCGGACCUCAGCCACAGGCCCAAAUGGGAUAAGCACUACAAACAGUGCAAUCCCAUCGUCCAGGUCGAUGCCGAUGACAUGAUCUACCACGUCCUCGCUCCAUCUGUGACCGAAGGAGGCAAAAACCAGGAUUUCAUCCUUCUGGCCUCCAGGAGGCUGCCGUGUGACACCGGAGAUCCAUAUAUUAUUGCAAUACGUUCCGUGAGUCUUCCCACACACCCUCCAACGGAGGACAUGAACAGGGGGGAGAUGCUUUGUGCAGGGUUCAUCAUCUACCCUGUGUCUGAAAACGUAUCAAAGAUGUGCUACUACAACCAGACCAAUCCGGGCGUGCUGCCGUACAUCUCCAUGGACAUCGCCGGACUCUCGUCCAGCUUCUGUUCCGUGUUUGUCUCCUGCAGACAGUACCUGAUGGACAACGGACAAGUCGAACCUGCUGCCGUCUCGACCACGCCUCUCUAGCGCCCCCUGUUAUCGGCUGUUCAGUCGUUCUAAACCAGUCUCUAACGUCUACACUGAAAACACUAGUUAUAAGUUUGUUAUUUUUGUUUUAAUUCUGUAGUUUUAUGGUCAUUGCAGUUUGGACGAUUAUGAUGGAGCAGUUAGAUAUUUUUUUGAUCAGUUAUUAAACGCUGUAUCAGGUUGUAA